AUGAAUAUCGUUCUACUGAAAGGUGUUCUUCUCGGAGUAAUGUUCUCUACAACCCUCCUGUUCGGACUGAUCCCACUAAAGGUGAUGCAAACCCUCGCACGAAGCUCAGGAAAAGUCGAAAAGAGAGCUUCUUUCAUCAUUUCAUUACUGUCGUGUUUUGCUGGUGGAGUUUUUCUAGCCGUCUGCUUCUUGGAUAUGAUGCCGGACGCUUAG